AUGUACAAUAUAUCUAAUUGUAAUGAACCAGAACAAAAAUUUUGUUUCAGUGAAAACCCAGAAAAGGCUUUUUCUUUUGGCACUGAAACAUCAAAAGCAAUUUCCUUUAGUUUUGGUCAAGGUGAUAAGGGCUGGUCUAAUUUUAUUGUAUGUGUUUUAUUUAAUAAUGGAGAUGUUUAUGUGAUGUGUCCAAUAGUAUCAAAAAAUUGCUGUAUAAUUUUUAAAAAAUAUGAAGCCAAAAAACGUCUACCGUCUGAUUCAAAUCUUCGAAUAUAUGAUAAUCAAUAUCAUUUGCAAUACAGAUGGAUUUGUGAUGUUUUUCAACAAAUUAGUAAACUUCCAUCACCAUCACCAUCAUCAUACAAGGUCAAAUCCUUUGGAAUUAUCACAUCACCCUUUGAUGCUAGUGAUAUAAUCCAUUUGAAUAACCAAUCUACUAGUAUAAUUGUCAUAGCUUCUAGUAGUGGUAGAUUGGAUAUUUUUCUUGAAGUUGAUAAAAUUGAAGCGUUUUGA